AUGUGCAAUGCAGUGCUGCUUCCGGACUUGAUCGCCUUCAGCACGAGCAUGAGCGCUUGUGCCAGUGCUGGGCAAUGGCAGCGAGCCAUUCAGCUUCUGGCCGAAAUGAAGCGAGCGCACAUACAGCCAAAUAUCUUCAGCUACAACGCUGCAGUGGAUGCCUUUACGCAGACAUCAGAAGGAUGGGCAGGCGUUCUGCAGCUCCUUAGCGACAUGCAUCAAGAGCAGGUACAACUGCAGACGGAAACCUACAGCAGCGCCAUGCGCGCAUGCGGCCUCGCAGGAUGCUGGGCGACAGCUUUGCUGCUGUGGGAGCAACUAUGGCAGAGCCCCCUUGUGGUGGAUGCAGUCGCAAUGGGAGCGAUCAUCUCGGCCUGCCGCUGGGACGUGUCGCUGUCGCUGCUGCGCAGCAUGGUGACCUGUGAGCUUCGGCCAGAUGCAGUCAACUUCGCCCAAUCCAUCGUGGCUCCUAGCAAGCGGUUGGUGAUGCCGGUUGCAGCAUACGCAGAGGCGGAGGCGAGGAGGGUGCUUUGUGCCGAUUCGCAAACCGGGCCGGCAUUGGACUCAAGUGUGCCUGCAGCUGAGACAUGGAAAAGCAGUGUUCCACGGUUGUGCGUCCACACACAUUUCGACCUCCGACAUCGUUCACAGUUCGCCGUGAUGGCGAAGAGCGUUGCCAGAUUCACGUGGCAGAAUGCACCUCGGUACGGCACCCGGUGGCUUUGUGAAGUCCUCCUGGCCCGGCAAAACGCAGGGUUUUCGGGCAGCUUGCGAUUGAUUCUGACCUGGUCGUCCUUUUGUGGUGACGGCGCAAGGGCAGAGGUCGUGUUGAAGCUGCUGGAGGGCAUGCGGCAGGAGGGGCCAUUCCCCGAUGCUGUUUGCUGCAACAGCGUGCUGCAGGCCUGCUCCGGCCGCAACGAUGCCUGGAAGCUGCAAAGUCGGCUGAUCGGCGAGAUGAAGCGUGCCGGCCCCGAGCCAGACAUCGCCACGUACGGCGCAAUCCUGGCAUCCCUCGGCCGUGCUGGCCGUUGGGAAGCCUGCAUGGAUGUCUUGGCCGAGCUUAAGACGAGCGGCCUGGAGUCCAACGUGAUCGUGUACAGCACGGCUGUGUCGGCCUGCAACAAGGGCAGUCAGUGGCAGAGUGGCCUACGUGUUCUGGAAGAUAUGCACGACAGCACCGUGCCGCCAAAUCUUUUCACCUUCAGCGCGGCGAUCAGCGCUUGUGCUAAAGGUCAGCAGUGGGAGGGUGCUAUGGCCUUGCUUCAUGAAACACGAGAUCGAGGUUUGACUCCCGACUUGAUGGUUCUCAGUGCUGCGAUCCUGGCGUGUGGGGAAGGCAGCCAGUGGGAGAACUCGAUCUCCUUGCUUCGUGAAGCGCAGAGGAGCAAGAUGCUCCCCAAUCUCGUCACGUUUAAUGCUGCCUUCCAUGCUGUGAGCUCCAGUGCGAACUGGCCUCUGGCGCUAGAGCUCUUGAGUGAUAUGAGGUAUGCAAGAACCGCGCCAGAAGCAAGGACGAUCAGCAGCAUCGUCCGGGCUUGCGGUAAUGCCGGCGCGUGGCAGCGUGGGCUGCAUGUUCUCCGGACAGCACGGGAAGGACAGCUAGAUCUUGACAUCAUCGCGUAUCACUCAGCAGUCGCUGCAUGCGAGGAGGCUGCAGAAUGGCAACAAGCCAUCGAGCUGCUGUCAGAGUUGAGACGCUGGCGCCUGUCGGCCGAUGCGAAGAUCGCGUCACCAGCCAUCGGUGCUUGCGCGAAGUCCGGCGAAUGGGAAGUGGCCCUCUCCUUGCUGCGUUCUGCAGCCAAUUCGGACAAGCUCCUGUACAGAGCAUCCAUCACCGCUUGUGGAAAGGGCCUUCGCUGGGAUUUGUCGUUGGCGCAGUGA